AUAGUGGCCACAGGUAGUUAUGUGGCACGGAACGUCAAAUCCGCCGUGUUUUGUGACAUCACCAAAAUCGUGAUGCCCCUCACCGGACCUCGUCCGGCCGCCUCCGGUUCGCCGUCCCGACUAGAAUUCACUGCAAUUCGACUCAAUCGAGCUCGACGGAGAGAUUUUCAGUCAGCGUUCCGAUCCAUUUGCGCCACAAUGCACGUUUUAUCGCCGAGAAAUCUGCUCCAUUCUUCCCACGGACAGAGCAAUUCGAUACGUGUUUAUUUGGACAGCUGAGAUUUGCAAGAAGGCGAGCGCUGAUUGGUCGCCGUCGACGCAGAGACCGUCGCUGAUUGGCUGCAGCAAACGCCCCGUUCCCGCUCAAAGAUUUUCUCACAUGUGAUUUUUGCUCAUUGCGGCAUGAAUGAUGGGUCGGAAAUUUGACUAAUUUUGACGACUCGGACGCACACAAGUUUUGGACAUUUUGAGUGAUAUUUAUUUUGACAAGAAUGGCGUGCGGCGAAGGGAGAGACUUGUCCGCCAGCAAGUUACAAAAACAAAUCACGACAGGACAAUUCUCGGUUGUCGACAAAUUGAUGCGAAACAAUCCGGCCUCUUUGCAACUUUCCACCGUCCUGACUGUCCUCAGCAGCACUUGCACGUACAUUACCACAGCGCAGAAAGACGCCACGCUCUUGGUUGAUCAUGAUGGUUUGGCAGAUGUCACAUCAUUUUGUUGCUCAUUUGCAGCCAAGACAAACGAGAUCACAGAGAAGCAAAAAGGCAAAGACAAUUUCAAGCGGGCGCUGCAGUCCAUCCACUACAACAUGUAUUAUCUGUACAACAAGGGUCUCUUCGACCAGAUGGAAAAAAUCUGCAACCCUAUCUUGGACCUGUCUAAGCUUUUCGCCAAAGUAGAUGACAUUGAGCAAAGGAAUUCGUUGAAGAAAAUCUUCCUGGAGCUUGGUUCGAUUGGCUGGAACAGUUCCUUUAAGCUAACUGAUUCCAAGGGAGGCCCAAAGCUGAGUCUCUGCCUAUUUUCCUUCAAACUUUUUGUUCAAACAGAUGAAACUCAAUCAAGUACUGCCUGGGACAGAAUUGUUAGGGCUCUUAUUUCAUUUGGCAAAAGUAAGCAGAGUGUGAAGCUUUUCUUGGAAGAAAUGGGCUCCUCUUGUGAGCCAAUUUUGACAGCAGCCUUGAAAAAUGACUCUUUUGUGAGCCAUUUCACAGCCACAAUAAAGACUCUUUUGAACAAUGUGGAUUUGCUGGGUCCCAAUGUUCGUCUGGACAUCAAGCUUAUUGAAGACCUAUUCCCCUCAACAUGCAUACCAUUAGUCAAAACUGUUACCAGGGCAUAUUUAACCUUUGGCUUGAUAAUAAACAACAAACACAAAGAAGAUGAAUUUGAAGAAUUCAAGACAAUGCUCCAGACAGAUGAUUCUGGAAGGACAUCCAGCAUUUUGAUUGAACUGGCUUCGAGAAAGAUAGUGAAAUGUGACGAUCUAAGCCCUGGCUCUGUUUCGUCCAUUCAAGAAAUUUUCCAUGCUUGCAUGAUAAACGCUAAUUCUGCGGACAAAAUUGAUCUUGCAUACCAAAUUUUGGUUAUGUCCAAUUCACACGUUCCGAAGACCAAAAAAAAUAACGGUUGGCAAGAAAGUUGUUUGUCAUCACUCUUUUGGACAAUGGAAGCCCUUGGGGUUGUUAAAGAUGAGAUGUGUUCAGCUUCAACAGAUAAUUUCAACCAACGAGUCAGACUUGUGUACCGCAUCAUGGUGGUUGCUUGGAAUUUUUACCAGAAAGCGAACUGCUGUUACGAAGCAUAUAGUUUGAACAAGUUCUUCCUGAAGUAUGCAUUUAAAUUAGGAGAUAUCCCAAACCUUGACAGGGAAAAAUAUGAAAGUGUGAUGCACACAUUGACGGAAGGCGCCAAGUUUGUGUCUCGAAGCCUGAUCACAAAGAGGCCUGGCAGAGAGAAAGAAAUGGCAAAGCAAGCUGUGGAUACUUGUUUCAAAACUGUUGUCUAUGCAGUAAAGAGCAUGAAGAUCUUGUGCAAGGAGGAGUCUGAAAAAAUUGUCUCGAGUGCCAUUCAAGUGUGGUGUGAUAUUAGAAUGUUAGCUGCUAAAAUUUUAAACGAUCAAUCUGUUGGACUGGUCGAUUACUUAAAAUCUAGUGGUCAGUCUUUGGACCCUGAAGCCUUAGAGAUUCUACUUUGCAUGGAGAUUGUUGCAUUUGAUCAAGAAAAAGAUUGUGGAGAGCUCUUGAACGUUUCACGUCAAGCCUUAGAAGUGCUGCAGAAUAAGUCUGGAGAUAAAAUGCAGCAAUUGCGUACAAAGUUGGCGAUUUCGUUGGCCUGCAGCAAGUCGGAAAGUGUGGCCGACGUUGAGAAGAGCCGUCUUGUGGCUAUGCAGGUUUCCGAAUAUCUGGUUAAAGAGGUGAAAAAAGCACCAGCUCUUGACAAACUGAUCAUUCUGAUCUUAGCUCUCCACCAAGAAUUUUUAAGCAUUAAGAAAGAAGCAAGAUUGAAAAACAAGGAAAUGGCUGAUGUUCCUCUUACUGUUCGUGCUCCAUCGAAGCGAGACGGUCCGGAAGAUGAGCAGAAAACUUGUGAGGAAUGGGAGAUUGCUGUGGAACUGAGUCAGCUUGGUCAAAUCCUCUCUUGCAGGCAGGAGAGCAAAGAAUUGAAGCAGCUGACCAUGAUGCUCAACUACUGCUCAGAGAUUGUUAAAAUGGAAAUCUCUUCAAAUGACAAACCGUCUUUAGGACCUAUCCUCCAGGCAAUGGAGUGUGUUGGACUUCACUUUACUAUAACUGGUCAUGAAUGGUGUGCAAUAAAAUGCUGGAACAUUUUCUACUUGCUGUCAAAAUUAGUUGAAAGUCCCCAGCAUCAGCUCAGAGCUCUUGGUUGGCUCAUCCAAAAAUACAAUCUUGAGGACGAUGAAAAGCUUCACAACUGGAUAUUGCAAACAGGAUCUGAAUUGAAGAAGAAAAUUGAGGCUAAUAAAUCUCAAUCUGUCAAUGAGUCAUUCACUUUGCGCUUCUUCGACAUCUGCCUUGCUCAGUGCUAUGUGAACUCAGGAAAACCAACUGAGGCUGCUCACAUAAUAUUGCAGCAACGCAAAGAAAUUGAUCAUGGCGUGAACUUUUUAUCGGCUGAGCUAAUGCGUCGCACAUUUCUUAUUGCCAGCCAGGUAAUGGGUUGCUUUAGCAAAGACCACCCUCUUUCCAAGCCACUGGCAGAGGCCUUUGUGAGCAAUGUAGGCUCAGCUGAGUGGACAUUCAAAUGGGCAGUCAGUCACAUCUCAACAACAAAGCCAGCUGAGCGGGAACUUGUGGACUUAAGACUGACAGAGCUGAUGUUGUCAAGUGGACUGUGGCUCGCAAAUUUGUGUUGCAUGAGCUGCUGUUACAAGAAGGCUUGCUCCACACUUCAGUCAAUGCUCUAUAAACUUCAAAGACUGCAUUUCCCCACUAGGGUUGCCCAGCUAUUGUCUCUGCUUGGUGAUUUGGACACAAUGGUACCUGACACGCAGCAAGUGGAGCAAAGACUGUUUUGGAAUAGAAAAAUUCUUAACCUUGGGACUGCCAUUGCUGGUGAUGCAAAGGGAGCCAAGGACCUGUCUCCAGCAACCACUCCGUCGAAAGUGAUGAGGAAAGAGCACCAGUUGACAGCAUGGUGUUCACCCAAGUGUCAAGGCAGCAGCGGUUGUAUCCUGUGCAAAAACCCACUCUACCAAAUCUGCAAGGCCCACUACCUGUUCUUGUCAGCCACAAACAAGGAAACGUUUUGGACCUUAUUCAGCGAGCUUGAAAAGGCCAACGCAGUGAGAUCUCAAAGACUCUCUUCACUUGCCUGGUCAAACAUGCACAGUCCUGCUAUCAAAACAGGCUGGUUGCAAAUGCUGCAAGGACCCAUCGACUUGUUGAAACACAGACUUAUUUUGUCUGAUGCGCCAAAAUUGGCAGCCAAAACUGGAAAUGAAAAUUUUGCCCUUCGUGCCUUGAGAGAGGUUCUUGUUUGCUCAGCCCAGAUUAGGAGGCUGAAAAUGCCAAUCGCUAGAUAUCUGGAGAACUGGGCUGUUGCUGAGGAAGUUGCCAUUGGAAUCCAACUGCUUCGGAUGGGACCUUGGAGUACUGAAUUGCAAACAAAAAGCUACACUCUUGCACCCGAAUACAAAUCCGAGGAAGAAACCAGCAGACCAUGCAGUCCCACUCCAAACAUUGUUAUUCCAACAAAACCACCAAAGCCGCAGAGAAGGGGACGGAAGGCUUUAAUUGCCGAACCUGAGUACAUUGCCCCUCCAAAUCCUCAAAAGGUGGAAAUCAUUGAUUUAGUAGAAGAAUCUCCUGAAAGGGUGAAGAUUGCUGCAGCUCCGAAGAUGACAUUCAAGACUUGCAAAAAGCCUUUUGUUGAGGAUCGACACAAGGAAAACUCCCCAAAACCCUUUGACGACGAUUCUCCUAUUUUGCCAUUCCGCAGUACCAGACGGCAACUGAUUAAGCCCGUUGCAGAAGUGACAUCUUCACAAUCUACAACCCCCAAAGAGACAGGCCCUGGUAGGGACACGGUGUUUACGACUGCUGUGAAAAAACCACCAAGCAACUUUUCUUCAAGUUCUAAUGAUUCCCACGGAUCAGUGAAGCCUAAAAAAGUUGUGGCAAAGACAAGAGUUACCAGAGAGGUUAAAACAAAAGCUAAACCUCCAGUGGUACUGCCAGAUGAGGCUCCAAAAAGACGAGUGAAAAGAAGCAGCUCUACCUCUUCAGAUGAUAUCUUUGUGAAUACGAGAACAAGAAAGAGAUGAUUUUAUAGACGCAGAUUUGAAUAUUUAUUUCAAUUAAAAAAGAUAUUUUUAGGUUUAAUGAUUUGAAAAAAGGUGUAAUUUAAGAAAUGAAAAUGCUUUUUUCUAAAAUGUGCAAUAAAUAAAGAAGUUUUUUUUAUUACCAACAAAUAUCUGCAUCUGCAAA